GUUGGAUCUGCAUUUUUGAGUUCCGGGCUAGGAUCACACCUAAGCCAUGGUCGGUAAUUGAUCCUAUGAGUUCCAUGAACCGGCAUCCGAGCAUGAACGGUUUGUCCUUAUAUUGCUGGAUCCCAUACGUGAGCUCACGCGCGCACAAUGUCUUAAAAAAGUGCUCGUCUAUAAAAGCUCGGUUACAACAAGAAUCCCAUAGCCCAGCGGCUACAAUAUCCCUGUCAUUCCUGGAAAAUUUAGCUGGCACCCAGGCCAGUCUCCCGCCACACCAGGCGUUCCGGUAUGAGAAAAUUGUCGAUGAGCUACCUAUGGAACAGGUGACUAACAUGACAAGAAGCCUGCCUCCCUUAUCUCGCGCCCAAGCCGCCCGGACAGGGUUCAAGUUACGCGCCCAGGAAGUCCGGUGUAUUCAAGCCGGAGUAGAGUUUGACAUGGAGGCUGGCAAGGACCCGACAUGUGUCACAUCGUGCACGGCUCUGGACUCGGCCGAGGGGCUGCCGCACAGGCGUUGGACCUUACAUGUACAACCUGAGGUGAAUGUUCUCGAAAUGGGCGCGGCGCCCCCGGCAGACGUCCUCCUGUAUCAACGACCCGGUACACUCGUUUCCAUUGACUUACUGUCGGGAGGGCCCAUUCCCGUCUCAAGUUCUAGAAGCCACACACAAUUAAUGAAAAUCCAAUGGAUUUCCCUGGCUGCACUUUCGUUACGAUCGUUCUGUAGAGCCUUAAAUCGUUUUGGUAAUUAUGGAAUGCCCACGGGGGCUUAUUCUUCUCUGUAUGUGGAUGACAUUCAUGACCUCCAUGCCGCCUGUAACUGGAAAUACGGUGAUUUGAAACAAAUGUUCCCUACAUUUAUCAUGAAUCAUUUUGAAACUACAGAAAAAUAUGACCGGUUUGAAGGGACUGAUUACACCCCCUACAACUAUCACAAGUAUCCAAAGGACUCCUUCUGGGGCAGAAGGCUCAAAGCAGUGGAUCUCUCGAGCACCCCAAUACAAGGUGGAAUCUGUGAUGUGACACGUGCAAACAAUCGCCCCCUAACAAGCAAAGGAGGUUACGACUGGUGGCAAUACGCCGGGCAUAAUGCCUUGAACAUGAGUGACUUCACUAAGAGAGGCACGAUCGGUAUUACUGGACAUUACGUUGCCGGGAUAUCUGUAGAAAAUAAUCAGGUUUUGGAAUAUCCGCCCAUCCAUGUCCAUCACAUCCACCUGGUGCCGGAAAAGCCAUAUCUUCGUUAUCAGUGGCCUUCAAAAGUCGAGUCAUACACAGAGUUCAUCAAAGCCAUGAAGUUGAAAGCAGGUAGUGUAGACCAAUAUGUUCCAAAUUAUUUCGUAGAACAACACGGGGAGUGGGAUCCGUGUGAUAUCACAGAUCAGGUCUCCGGAUGCUUUGCCGAGAGUGCACCGGAUGGCUACACGCGUCUGAUUGACAUGGAGCUUGACCUCGAAGGCGAGGUGAAUGAUGCCAGAGAGCCACAUGCAUCAGCUUUGACUUGGUGGUUGGAGAUUGGUAUCGGCUGGACUUCUGAGCUUGCCGACCUCAAACCCUUGAGUUUCAUGGUCAUCAGUCCACGUACGAGAAUUACUACUGGGUUCCCACCGACAGGCAAACUUUGUCAUACUAUGAAGUUAGAGCUCGAUCUCAUGGCCCUGCCACGAAAUCAAGCAGGCGAGUGGAUGCACUACAAACUAACCACAUGCACCUCGACAAAUCCUUGGCUAAAUAAGAAGCCGGAGUCAAACAACGAACCAGGAAAAUGUCUGAAUACUCGGGUGGCGACGACGGUGGAUCUCGAUGAUCUUGGUUUCACAGACCUUGAUGAGGUUGAAACAUUUUUGAGAGCACGAAUGCUGGUACUUCCAGGCAUCGAGCCUCGUCUGAUCUGUGUUGGCAACAUCACCUGCAGACCAUGGCAGUUUAAGCGAGGAGAUCACUUUACUUCAAUCGCCUUUCACGAAUUUCAAGCAGAUGCCGUGGGUCCAUGGUCUCCUGGUGACGUGGAACUGUUACCCAUGCACAAUCAGUGGAACAUUAUGUAUACAGACUUGGACUACCCCGGUCAGUCCAACUAUCGAUUCUCUGCAGCUUUGUUUCGUGAAGCUAUUGAGUCAGUUCCCGAUGGCGCUGGACGAAUACUAUUGAAGCAUAUUCUUGAAACUGCCUGGUGGAAUACCACUCCCCACCCAAAUUCUGGAGUCUGGAUUAAGUCAUCAGCGAUGCUUACUCAAAUGAUGUUAACCUCUGUAUUUGCGCUCACGUUAUUUAUCACGGCAGCCUUCUGUGCCCUUGUGGGUUUGAUUUGCCUAUUCAGUAUGACACGAGGGCGUAGAGCCAAUCAAUCUUUUUUCGCCAAGGGAGCUACCCGAGAGGCUUACGAAGCAAUUGCUAAUGGUAUCGCGUGGCCCCAGGACCGGCGCGAGCGUCCGCCCCACCGGCGGGCGUUCGCGAAGGACGGUGUCGGCCAGGCGUGCGCCUUGACUUUUUUUUACCGUGCUAACGAUAAAAAGAAGGGCACUACAAUGGAAACAUCACAGCAUUUUUUAAAUAUGCCUUUCCAACUGAAGUCGACGAGCGCCCUUAAAACAAAAUUGCCCUUCAAAAAGAUUUUUGAUAAGGAAAACGUCUAUUCAAAGUGCUUCAACAAUUUCAUCAGCCCAUUCAAAUUCAAUACCGGAACAGACUUCCUUACCAAUAGCAUCAUUCAGUUCAUUGAGGUCGGGCCGUAA